GGCCCGGCCUCCGCUGCCCGCUGACUCGCAUCCCCGCUUCCCUCCUCCCCGCUCGAAGAUGGCAACCGACGGGCUGCACGAGAACGAGACGCUGGCAUCGCUCAAGAGCGAGGCCGAGAGCCUCAAGGGCAAACUGGAGGAGGAGCGGGCCAAGCUGCACGACGUGGAGCUGCACCAGGUGGCCGAGCGCGUGGAGGCCCUGGGGCAGUUUGUUAUGAAGACCAGAAGGACUCUCAAAGGCCACGGGAACAAGGUUCUGUGCAUGGACUGGUGCAAGGAUAAGAGGAGGAUCGUGAGCUCCUCGCAGGAUGGGAAGGUGAUCGUGUGGGAUUCCUUCACUACUAACAAGGAGCACGCGGUCACAAUGCCCUGCACGUGGGUGAUGGCAUGUGCAUAUGCCCCAUCGGGAUGUGCCAUUGCAUGCGGCGGUUUGGAUAAUAAGUGUUCUGUGUAUCCACUGACGUUUGACAAAAAUGAAAACAUGGCUGCCAAAAAGAAGUCUGUUGCUAUGCACACCAACUACCUGUCGGCCUGCAGCUUUACCAAUUCUGACAUGCAGAUCCUGACAGCGAGUGGCGACGGCACGUGUGCCCUGUGGGACGUGGAGAGCGGGCAGCUGCUGCAGAGCUUCCAUGGGCACGGGGCCGACGUGCUCUGCUUGGACCUGGCUCCCUCAGAAACCGGGAACACCUUUGUAUCUGGGGGAUGUGACAAGAAAGCCAUGGUGUGGGACAUGCGCUCCGGACAGUGCGUGCAGGCCUUUGAAACACACGAAUCUGACAUCAACAGUGUCCGAUACUACCCGAGCGGAGAUGCCUUUGCUUCAGGAUCAGAUGAUGCUACGUGUCGCCUCUACGACCUCCGGGCAGACAGGGAGGUUGCCAUCUAUUCCAAAGAGAGUAUUAUCUUUGGAGCUUCCAGCGUGGACUUCUCCCUCAGUGGUCGCCUGCUGUUUGCUGGAUACAACGAUUAUACCAUCAACGUCUGGGAUGUCCUCAAGGGAUCCCGAGUCUCCAUCUUGUUUGGACAUGAAAACCGUGUUAGUACUCUACGUGUUUCCCCUGAUGGGACUGCCUUUUGCUCAGGAUCAUGGGAUCAUACCCUCAGAGCCCAGCCACAGGCUCUGCUGCUUGAAGUUGCCCUUCCAGGGCUGGAGCCAUCCGACAGGCUUGGACCCAGUGCCCCUGUAAACCUCAGGGGAUGUGCCAGGCCCACCUGCAAAACAACUUGUUCAGGUAUCAAGAUGGGCCCAGUCAGUCAAAACUUACCCAAGCCAGCUUUUCCAUCAACUCUUUUUAAAUAAACAUAAUGAUUAUAUGCAAUCAUUUGCCAAGAAAACAUUUACCAAGGGUUUUACUAUACAACAGGCCCUGGAGUAGAGAGAGAAAGUAUGAAAGGCUCCUGCUCACCCCCUACCCCCUCACUCCCCCUCCUCCUGCAUCCCCCCCAACCUCCACCCUGCCCUACCCACCUUGAGAGCCCAGAGGGAAGGGGGGAGGGAGCAUGGUCCAGAAGGGACAACUUUUCAGCCACCUUCUCCCUCUAGUAGAUUCCAGUCUGAACAGGGGCUCAGGGAAAUGGGCACAGGGUCUACCCAGCUCCUGCCAACUGCUGAAGGGCUGGCCCCAGAAUGUGUCCUGUGAAAUUCUCAAGCUCUGCUCCCAGAAUGUUCCUGAGUUUGUUCCUGGGCUCCUAGUUAUGGCAUCCCCUUCCCUCUCUCCCACAGACCUUUUUGUGUCUCUGCACUCUGACCUGGGCCUCCCAGAAGUGAAGGAAGGCAGGGCAAAGGAAAAGUCACCCAGACUCUGGAGAAGCAAAUUCAAGGUUAUAUGUUUGGAGAGGUGGGGGAGCAUCUUCAGUAUGUGUGCAAAAUAGCUCCUAACUUUCCAAUCAAAAAAGUGACCACAGUGUGACCACAAAAGUGACCACAUUUCAGCCAUAAAAAGAAACGAAAUUGAGUUAUUUGUAGUGAGGUGGAUGGAACUAGAGACUGUCAUACAGGGUGAAGUAAGUCAGAAAGAGAAAAACAAAUACCAUAUGCUAACACAUAUAUAUGGCAUCUUAAAAAAAAAUGGUUCUGAAGAGCCUAGGGGCAGGACAGGAAUAAAGAUGCAGAUGUAGAGAAUGGACUUGAGGACACGGGGAGGGGGAGGGGUAAGCUGGGACGAAGGGAGAGAGUG